AUGAAGCCUACCAGCCACCAUAUGAAAUUAGGGAGCCGGAGCACGCACCUUCUUCUGAUAGUCAGCGAGCUUGCGGCGCUGCGUCUUGAGGGAGAGGAUGGCCCUAUCUACGUCCGUGACCUUGGGCUUCUUCACGAAAAUGUUCCCCAUCUCUCCCCCUUCUCACUCCCUCUCAUUCCCCCCACCACCUCUACCGCCACCGCCACCAGAGAAGGAGGAGGAGGAGCAGCGCCACCAGCGAGAAGAUCUCCGAUCUCCGAUCUCCGAUCUUCUCCUCUUCGCCGGAAUCUGAGAAGCGAAGCCGCCGGCGGAGACGACCGCAGGAAUUCAAGGUAG